UUUAUAUAUGUGUAUAUCAAACAUUUAAGAUAGAGUAACAAUCAGAUUAAGUAACAAACAAUGCAUAUGCACUACUGCACAAUAGAGGAAAUUCAUCUGAAGUUACAGUCACAUGAAUGGUAGCUUCAAUCUUUAUACAAAUCUAUCAAAAGUCCCUAAGCAUUUGUUACGAAACUUGAAAGGAAGUUUGCCAAGGUACCGGGGACGCAUAACAGUUUCUACUUUUCAGUCGCCCAAAAUAUUAUUAAGAUCAUCAACUAAUUUCAAGUGUUGGAACCUAAGGACAUUUUCAACCAAAAUGCUUUCUCCAAACAAAACUGGUUUUUUUAGAGAAUCCGAAGAGAAGUUCGAUGACAAUUACGAUAGUGUACUUGUGCAGAAUUUGCGAGCCAAUGCAAAGGUUGGCACAGAUCAGUGGAGACGCGCUGCCUCGCAGCCGGUAGAAGUUAAUUUACGUAUGGACCUUAAUACUCGAUUAAAUGGUGAAGAUAAUCAUGAUUUGAAAAAUUCCAUCCAUUACGGAAUAGCUUCUAAAAUCGUUUUGGAAACCAUUGAGAAAAACGAGUUCAAGGGCUUGCGAAACAUGGUUGACAUGAUUGCUAAAGCUUGCCGUAAUCAAUUUGAGUUCCGUGAUUUUUUUGUCAACGUUCGAUUACCCAAGAAAGUUUUGCGUUCCAGAAGCGGAUUGGUAUAUGAUGCUGAAAGACAUAAAGAUUAUCAACAAGACAGAGUCAGAAUUUUCGAUCUAGAGCUAGCAACGAUCAUAGGUAUUCAUCCAUUUGAACGAAAGGAGAAGCAAAGGUUAGGUAUAGACAUAUCUUUUAAUGUAGGCGGUGAUAAAGAAUUCGACUCUCUGGCGAUCUCUGAUUUGUGUCAUGAAGUUGCAAGUUUCGUUGAGUCUUCUAGUUUUCUAACUAUUGAAGCUUUGGUGCACAAGCUUUCCAAGUUUCUAUGCUUCAGCCAAUCAGUUGACUGCGUACAUAUCAAAGCAGAAAAGCCUAGUGCUAUAACAUUUGCAGAUGCUCCUGCUGUUCAAAUAUAUCGUUCAAAAAAGACUUUUUUGCAGGAUUCCUUUCUCAAGUGUGAGUCUAGCUUACCGAAGAUCGCUUAUAUAUCAUUUGGAUCCAACGUUGGCUCUCGCAUCAAGAAUAUAGCCACUGCCUUAAAGUGUUUUUCUGAAAUUGAAGAUAUUACUCUUUUAGACGUUUCACCCCUAUAUGAGACGAAGCCCAUGUACUACGAGAACCAAUCAUUAUUCAUGAACGGUGUUUGCAAGAUUCAAACGAGGCUGUCACCUUUCAACCUCCUUCGAGCAUGCCAAUCUGUUGAACAAAAAUUAGGCCGUAUUAAAUUGAUCGAUAAAGGACCAAGAUGUAUAGAUCUUGAUAUUGCGAUGUACGAUGACUGUAUCUAUGAGUCGGAGGACCUUACAAUACCGCAUGUUGGCAUGUUGGAAAGAGAGUUUGUUUUAAGACCAUUGAUAGCCCUGGAUUCUACUCUAGUACAUCCUGCUACCCAACAAUUACUGCUUAAGAAGCUCAACGAAUUACCAGAUCAGGGAGUUAAAGUUCAUGCCUCCUAUCUUAAUAAAUCUGUUACGGAAGGUGCUGUUAUAAUGGGUAUCAUCAACAUAACACCAGACUCAUUUUCGGAUGGAUUUUCUGUGACACUUAAUAAUGUUGUUGAGGUUGUGAAUGAGAUGGUAGAAAACGGAGCUUCUAUUAUUGAUAUAGGAGGCCAAUCAACACGUCCACAUGCUACUCCAGUAUCUUUAAGUGAAGAAAUAAAUCGGGUUGUACCAGCAAUUUAUGCCAUCCGUAAUGCGGGCAUUGAUAUUCCGAUUAGCGUUGAUACUUUUGAAGUUGAAGUUGCUAAAGAAGCAAUCAAUGCGGGAGCUAACAUUAUAAACGAUAUAACUUCUGGAAAGAAAUGCCCAGACAUGCUUUCAUUUGCUGCCAAAGCAGAGGUUCCGAUUUGUUUGAUGCAUACGAGAGGUACUCCUCAGACUAUGAAUUCCUUGUCUACUUAUGAAAAAGAUAUAGUUCAAGAAGUAUUCGAAGAAUUAAACGAAAGAGUUUGUGCUGCUAUAAAAGCGGGGAUUCCACGAUAUAACAUUAUUCUUGAUCCUGGGUUUGGAUUUGCUAAAAAAAUAGGACAAAGUACUUAUUUAUUACACAAAUUUGAACAACUCGUUAAUAAGCCCGAGUUUAUGGAUCUUCAAUGGCUCUCUGGUCCAAGCCGCAAAGGAUUUACCGGUCAUUAUAGCCAGGACGUAGAACCAAAGAAAAGGGUCUGGGGGACCGCUGCAGCUGUGACAGCUAGUGUACUCAAAGGUGCGAGUAUUAUCAGAGUGCACGAUGUCAAAGAAAUGUCUAAGGUUGUAGCAAUGGCUAAUGCUAUCAAGUUGUCUACUCCAUGAAAAAGGGAAAGCAAGCCUUGAUUUGAUAUUGGUAAGUUUUCAUGUCACUAAAAUUUAUAAUUGUUAAUUGUAAUUUUAUUCUGGUUUACAUAGCCAGUGCUAAUAAAUGUAUUAUGGUUGAAUGGUUCAAUGAGAUAUAAAAAAAGAAUAAAUUGGUUUGAACGCUCACUGGGCAGUCUAGUCUGUCAGGAAAGCUAAGCUCACUCCUUUAUGACACCUCUA